GCUCUGCUGGGACCAUGCCUGUGAUCUUUGCCCUCUGGCUCCUCCUAAGCCAGGCCACCGCUGACCCAUGUUACCAUCCAGGUGGCCGCCCCCGCUUCUGCCUCCCACCAGUGACCCAGCUGGCUGGCACGGCAGCCUCCUGUCCCCAGACCUGCGCCCUCUCCCUGGGGGCAGACCUCAGCCCCCGGGCCACCUGCAAUGGCAGCCUAACCCUGGCCCUGGGCGGCCCCUUCCUCCUGACGUCCGUCAGCCUGCGCUUCUGCACUCCAGGAUCCCCAGCCCUGGUCCUGUCUGCUGCCUGGGCCAACGGAGGUCCCUGGAGAUCGCUGUGGCGCAGACCUGCCUGGCCUGGGGCCUUGGGGGGCCCUGAGAAGGUGACGUUCCGGGCCCCACCAGGCUCGAAGUCCAGCGUGGUAGUCAGUCACCUCCGUGUGGAGUUUGGGGGUCGGGCAGGGCUGGCGGCGGCCGGAGUGAGGGGCCGCUGCCAGUGCCAUGGCCACGCGGCCCGCUGUGCCGCCCGUGCCCGGCCCCCCCGAUGUCGCUGCCGCCACCACACCACGGGCCUGGGGUGUGAGAGCUGCCGCCCAUCCCAUCGAGACUGGCCCUGGCGGCCUGCCACACCCUGGCACCCCCACCCUUGCCUGCGUGAGUCCUGGGUGCCCCCCUCCUGCCCUCACCCCCCCAUCCGUGCUCCCUGACUCUCUAGCAGCCGGUCCCUGGUCCCUCUCCCUCCCUACAGCGGCUUGCUCCUGGCUUCACCUUGCUUCCUGAGCCAGUCCCCUCUCUGCCUCCCCCACAGCCUCCCACCUGCCUGCCCCAGUUCCUGCUACCCCGACUUCCAGCUGCCCAGUAAGGGGCUCCAGUUUCUGCCCCACACACCAUUUCUAUGCUGCUGCUGCUGCUGCUAUGAAUAACAUUUCCUAAAUGAUUGUGGGGAACUGGGCAGCUGGACCUUUCCUGACUCAUCAAAUCAACAAUAUGGGGGACAUAUUUACUCACUAAGGACAUCACCAAUCACCAGCUAUGUACCAGGCAGGUUUUGUCAUCAGGUCCAUUUUAUAGAUGAGGAGACUGAGUCUAGAGACGAGAGGUCCCUUGCACAAAGACACAUAGCUACAAAGUGUCAGCUCUGGGUCUUGGCUUGUCCCUCCUGCCUAUCAGGUGCCAUCAUGCUACGUGCUCUAGGGUGGCAGACAGGCACAUGGGCUCAGCAGCAAGCCAGCCUGGGCUCAAGUCCCAGCUCCUCUGCUUCCCAGCUAUGUGACCACAGGCAAGUGACUUGACCUCUCUGUGCCUCCACUUCCUUGCUUGU